AUGAUUCCAGCGCGUAGAAGAGCAAGAAGAAGAAACAUGGUAGCAGGUGCAGGCGCAAUUGCAUUAGGUACUGUAGCUGCUAGUGCGAUUACCAAUAGAAGUUCCAAAAGUCCCCAACCACCCCCAGUUGAACCAGUCCAACAACAGCCACCACCACAACAGCAAGCACAAGGAUAUUACAAUUAUCCACCACCUCCACCAGGACAAUAUGCGUAUAAUCCAUAUGGUCAGCCUCCACCACCAGGACACUAUCUACAACCUCAUCCUGGCCAAUAUCAACAACCUCCACCUGGGCAAUACCAACAACAAUACCAACAUCCUCCACCUGGACAAUUCCAACAGCCUCCACCUGGACAAUUCCAACAACCUCCACCUGGACAAUUCCAACAACCUCCACCUGUACAACAUCAACAAGCUCCACCCGCAUAUGAAAAACCACCUUCACAAUAG